AAGAUUACAAAUAUAUUUUACUUGAUUAGGUAGGAAGGUGCCGAAUGCCAAAACCUAUAUAAAGGAAACUGGGAAACAGGGUGACAAAAGAAAGAAAGAAAGAAGAAAAGUUGGAUUGAAAGUGUUAGAAGAGAAUAAUGUCAGGAGUGAACAACAGGAGUGAGCUUUCUCCAUUGGAUCAAGGAAACAAGACUCUCACUCGGCGUGGGAGAUGGAGUCAAGAAGAACACAUGUUGUUUCUCUUGGGACUUGAGAUAUAUUCAAGGGGAGAUUGGAUAAACAUUGCAACAAACGUUGUUAAGACAAGAAGUCCAACUCAAGUGGCUAGUCAUGCCCAAAAGUAUUUUUGUCGUCAGGCCUCCAACAAUACAGGCAAAAGAAGAAGCAUUCAUGACAUUACCAUACAACACCCCAUCCCUCUCCAGAAUUUCCUUGCUUCUCCAAACACCAAUCUUGCAAUGCAUCACUCAUUCCCUCACCACAUCAAUCAACAGAAUCAGAGUUUUUCUUCAAAUCUUCCAAUGCAUCAUCUCUCAGUCCCUUACCACUUCAAUCACCAGACUCAGGUUUUUUGUUCAAAUCUUGCAAUGCAGCAGUUUCAUGAAAUUCCUCAUUCAGUCCCUCAGCACAUCAAUCAGCAGAAUCAGGUUGGUUCUUCAAAUCUUGCAAUGCAAGAGUUACUUGGAAGGCAUCUCUAUGUCCCUGACCACAUCAAUCACCAGAAUCAGGCUGUUUCUCCCAAUCUUGCAAUGCAACAGUUACAUGGAGUUCAGCAUUCAGUCCCUGGCUACAUCAAUCAGCAGAAUCAGGUUUCUUCUCCAAAUCUUGCAAUGCAACAGUUACAUGGAGUUCAGCAUUCAGUCCCUGACCACAUCAAUCAGAAGAAUCAGGUUUCUUCUCCAAAUCUUGCAAUGCAACAAUUACAUGGAAUUCAUCAUUCAGUCCCUGACCACAUCAAUCAGAAGAAUCAGGUUUCUUCUCCAAAUCUUGCAAUGCAACAAUUACAUGGAAUUCAUCAUUCAGUCCCUGACCACAUCAAUCAGCAGAAUCAGGUUUCUUCUCCAAAUCUUGCAAUGCAACAGUUACAUGGAGUUCAGCAUUCAGUCCCUGGCCACAUCAAUCAGCAGAAUCAGGUUGCUUCUCCAAAUCUUGCAAUGCAACAGUUACAUGGAGUUCAGCAUUCAGUCCCUGGCCACAUCAAUCAGCAGAAUCAGGUUUCUUCUCCAAAUCUUGCAAUGCAACAGUUACAUGGAGUUCAGCAUUCAGUCCCUGACCACAUCAAUCAGAAGAAUCAGGUUUCUUCUCCAAAUCUUGCAAUGCAACAGUUACAUGGAGUUCAGCAUUCAGUCCCUGGCCACAUCAAUCAGCAGAAUCAGGUUGCUUCUCCAAAUCUUGCAAUGCAACAGUUACAUGGAGUUCAGCAUUCAGUCCCUGGCCACAUCAAUCAGCAGAAUCAGGUUUAUUCUCCAAAUCUUGCAAUGCAACAGUUACAUGGAGUUCAGCAUUCAGUCCCUGAUCACAUCAAUCAGCAGAAUCAGGUUUCUUCUCCAAAUCUUGCAAUGCAACAAUUACAUGGAAUUCAUCAUUCAGUCCCUGACCACACCAACCAGCAACAUUAGGUUCCAUGCAAUUUUCUGUUGUUUAGUAUAAAAAGUCUUACGUAUCUUUUGUACAAUUUUUAAAAUAAUUUUUGAAUUUUAAUUUUGUUUUUGUUUACGGAAUCGGGAUGCUACUUGAGACUAUUUUUUUAUUUUUAAAUUUAUCAGCUUCUAUAUAAAUUGACGUCAAGGCUCAAUUAUAAUUU